UAGCAUCGCAUCCCAGCAUCCUCACAGGCAGCCUGCUUUUUCAUCGGGGGUUUUGGAUGGCUAUUUGGGCGGUAAAUUUUCCCGGGAAUUUGUUCAAGUGGUGAGGGGAGUUCUCAAGUCUUUAGAGUGAACUAAGUUGUUUUUUAUUUUUGGAUCCCAUGGAUCUGGGUCCGUAUUUGAUUCUCACGAGAUUCAAGUGAAGUCAAAUAUUUCAUUUCUUACGGUGACUGAACAACUACUACUGAAUUGGUUAGAAAUGGGAGAGCAGUAGGACUGAAAGGGUUGAACAAGAUGAAGCGGAAGGUUUCUCAGCAGAAAUCUCAACCCAAAUGGAAGAGGAAGCUCUUCGUUCUGUUACUACUAGGAAUUUGCUUCGUAAGCUUGUUUUUUAUGCAGACGCAGUACUCUCGAAUUACGGGGCUGACUUCCUUGCAACACCGAUUCGUUGAUAGGCCGAAGAUUGCGUUUCUCUUCAUAGCACGGAACCGGCUUCCUUUAGAGAUGGUUUGGGAUGCAUUUUUUCGGGGAGGAGACGGCAAAUUUUCGAUUUUUGUCCACUCAAGGCCUGGGUUUCUACUCAACAGAGUAACAACUAAAUCAGUUUAUUUUUUGGAUCGUCAAGUUAAUGACAGUAUACAGGUAGAUUGGGGAGAAGCAACCAUGAUAGAAGCAGAACGCAUUUUGCUCAGAAAUGCACUUACUGAUCCUUUAAAUGACCGUUUUGUAUUUCUCUCAGAUAGCUGUAUACCUUUGUACAACUUCAGCUACAUAUAUGACUACAUCAUGUCGACAUCAACUAGUUUUGUUGACAGCUUUGCUGACACGAAAGAAGGUCGUUACAAUCCAAAAAUGGCUUCUGUUAUUCCUGUUCACAACUGGAGGAAAGGAUCCCAGUGGGCUGUUCUAACCAGAAAGCAUGCUGAGGUUGUAGUAAAUGAUGAAACUGUCUUUCCUAUGUUUCAGCGGUAUUGCAAGAAAAAACCACUACCAGAAUUUUGGAGGGAUCAUCCCAUUCCUGCUGAUACAUCUAAGGAGCAUAACUGCAUACCAGAUGAACACUAUGUUCAGACCUUACUGGCUUUAAAAGGCCUUGAAGGAGAAAUCACACGGAGAUCAGUGACGCAUACCUCCUGGGAUCUCUCCUCCUCCAAAGAUCGUGAACGUCGAGGAUGGCAUCCUGUGACAUACAAGCUCUCAGAUGCUACUCCAAUGCUUAUAAAGUUUAUAAAGGAAAUAGAUAAUAUUUAUUACGAGACUGAAUACCGGAGAGAAUGGUGCAGCAGCAAGGGUAAACCAUCCACAUGCUUCCUUUUUGCGAGAAAAUUUACUCGACCUGCAGCUCGACGGCUUCUUAACAUGUCUGUACUUGGAGUUAGCGGUUAAAUGACAGCAAAAUGCUCGUGAUAAUGCCCAUUGAGAGGCUGAAUAUACAAGCUCAGAAAAAGGAAAUUUAAUAUUAAGACUAGAUGAAUAUUAUUGACGAGUAUGUUGGUUUGUACAUUGAGAUUUAGAUUUAGAAAGCUAUAAAAGAGUUCAUGCGGUGUAUAUGUGUACAAUAUUUCGAUACCAAACUCACAGAGAGAAUGAAAUAAAAUUGGAGGUGUUCGUUCCUCAGCUUUAGUCUGAGGUGAGUUUUAGACUAAA